CCAAUUGAAGCAUCUCAAUGUAUUCGUGAUGAUGUUUAUUAUACAACAAUUAAUGAUCUUUGGAUACAAAAUCGACCUUGGACAUCAAAAAUGCGUGAUCCAAUUGAUAAUCAAUCAUUAAUAUAUAAAUGUGCUAAACAUUUAUUAAAUUUAUUUGGUUUUGAUGGUGAAGUUCAAUUAAAUCCAGAUAAUCAACAACCAAAUGAUCAUAAUGUUAUAUCAGCAAUGUGUUGUGCACAAUUUUAUGUUCGAAAAGAACGUAUUCAUCAUUAUACAUAUAAACAAUGGUCAUCAGUAUAUAAUGCAAGUCUUCAACCAUAUUGUACGCAUGUACUUGAUAGAGAAUUUCCAGGACGAAUGGUGGGUGUAAAAUAUUUUGGAGGAAGUCUUGAAUUUCUUUGGCAUAUUAUUCUUGGACUUCAUCCAGCAUAUAUGUUACCACCAAGAACAAAUACAAAUACAGAUUUAUGUCAUUUAUUUUAUCCAUCAUGUAGAGGAUCUUUAUGUAAAGAAACAUAUCUUAAAUAUUAUGUUCAUCCACAUCCCAAAUCAUUUAAUUCGACUUCACUAGAACAAACUUUGAAAGAAUAA